GUGAGCUGCGUCGUGUGUUGAUGACGCUACACGCGUAUGUGUGUUUAUGCAGGAAAUGCAGCAGCGCGGAUUAUUAACACUAUUAUAUUUAAUAAAACAGCAGCAGCAGCAGCGGGUAAACACACCGCCAGCGGGACACGGCUGGUCUUGAGCCCCUGUUUAUGGAGUACAUGCUCCAGUGAAAUGACAGACCAGGGUAAUAAUAAUCAGAACAUCUCUGGAAACCCGUUUGCUGCCCUCUUCAGUUCCAUCGCUGAUGCCAAGCAGUUUGCAUCAGGCCAAAAGUUACAGCAGCAAGCUGACCCACCUUCGGAAGACUCUGGGGAGAGCCAGUCUGAGUCUGAUAAUUCAGUGUCUGACAGCAUAGAGGACAAUGAUGACUCUGUGGCGGAGAUCAGCCGCUCGUUCCGCUCACGGCAGGAGCUCUGUGAGCAGCUCAAUGUCAAUCACAUGAUACAGAGAAUUUUCCUCAUCACUUUGGACAACAGUGACCCCAGUCUCCGAAGUGGUAAUGGCAUCCCCCCACGCUGUGUCUACCUUGAAGAGACGGCAGCAGAUCUUGAUGGCCAAGACUGGCUUGAUAUGGACACAAUAGAACAGGCUAUUUUCAGCAGGCUGCUUUUACUAGAACCUGGGAAUCAUCUCAUCUACAUGACUUCCUGCACUGCAUCGAACCUGUCGGCCGAUCGCGAUGCCGGGGAGAAACGAGCCGUACCGUACCUUUAUGCCUGUUAUCAGCGAGCAAAGGAGGAGGUCACUAAAGUGCCAGAGAAGCUGCUGUCGUACGCUGUACGCUGUAAGAACCUGACCGUCUCCAACGCUCGCACAGUUCUGCUCACCCCGGAGAUCUACAUCAGUCAGAAUGUGUACGAACAGCUCCUGGACCUGCUGCUGGAGGCCGUCAACGGAGCUCAAAUGGAGGAGGUGGUGGAGUUUCUAGAGGAAGUGAUUGUUGGUCUUUUGGCUGAUCAAGAAGUGCGCUCCUUUGGAGAGGUUAUGGUACCGGUGUUUGAUAUUUUCCAAGGCCGAAUUAAAGACUUAGAUCUGUGCCAGCUGCUGCUGUAUUCCUAUCUGGACAUCUUGCUCUACUUCAGCCGACAAAAAGACAUUUCCAAGGUUCUGGUGGAGCAUAUUCAACCCAAAGAUCCAAGCAACGGACUCCAGUAUCAGAAGACUCUUCUCGGCACUGUAUUGAACAUUUCUUGUCUGCUGAAAACUCCUGGAGUCGUGGAAAGCCACGGCUUUUUCCUCAAUCCCUCUCGCUCCAGCCCACAGGAAAUGAAGAUUCAGGAGUCUAAUAUCCAUCAGUUCAUGAGCCAGUAUCAUGAUAAGCUGUACCAGAUUUUGAAGAACCUGCUGCAGCAGUCCACCGAGACCCGUCACCUGCUGCUGUCCUGGCUGGGUAACUGCCUGCAGGCUAACAUGGGGCGGGCCAAAAUCUGGGCCAACCAGAUGCCUGAGAUGUUCUUCCAGAUGUACGCCUCGGACGCGUUCUUCCUGAACCUGGGCGCCGCGCUGCUCAAACUCUGCCAGCCCUUCUGUCGGCCUCGCUCGCCAAAACUCCUGACCUUUAACCCCACCUACUGUGCUCUUAGAGAGCUGAGUGAGGAGGAGAGACGCAACAGGAAUGUUCAUGCCAGAGGUUUAGACAAGGAGACGUGUCUGAUUCCUGUUCCUCCUCAGCAAACAGUGGAAUUUGCUCAGUCCUACAGCCUUCUGACCGAGAACCUGAUCCUCACUCAGCUCACCCUUCACCUGGGCUUCCACAGGCUACAUGAUCAGAUGGUGAAGAUGAACCAGUCUCUGCACCGGCUGCAGGGAACAUGGCGAGAGGCUCAGCUGAGCGGGGGUCCGGUAGCGGAGCAGCUGCGGGAGCAGUUUGAGCGUCUGAUGACGGUUUACCUGUCCACUAAAGCUGCUGCCACCCAGCCGGCCAUGCUCCAGAACUGCCUCAAUCUGCAGGCCUCCUGCGCAGCCCUGCUGGUCCAGCUCAGCCUGGGAAACCAGGGACCCGAGCACGUCCCCCUCUCCUUCCCCCUGCCUCCAAUACACAACAGCCUGCUCUGCUACGUGCCAGAAUUCUUUGCCGAAAACAUGGGCGAUUUCUUCAUAUUCCUCCGGCGGUUUGCUGAUGAGGUGCUGGAGACGUCCUCAGAGAGCUUAGAGCAAGUGCUCAACUUCAUCACUGUGUACAUGGGAAAUGUAGAGAGAAUGAAAAAUCCUCAUUUGCGGGCGAAGCUGGCGGAGGUUCUGGAGGCUGUGAUGCCGCAUAUGGAGUCUGUGUUGCCUGGCGCUCCGCAGCCCAUUAUGUUCCAGAGACAGAGGGUGUUCUGCUCCUACUGUCACGCGCCUCAUCUAGCCGAAGCUCUCAUCACUGUGUUUGUAGACAUCGAGUUCACUGGUGAUCCUCACCAAUUUGAACAAAAGUUUAAUUAUAGGAGACCCAUGUACCCUAUCCUGAAGUACAUGUGGGGAGAGGAGAGCUAUAGGGAGAGCAUUAAGUGUCUGGCCGUUUACGCAUCGGAAAAUCUAGAAGCCAUGAAUCCUCCUCUCUUCCUACGGUUUCUGAACCUGCUUAUGAACGAUGCCAUCUUCUUACUAGAUGAGGCCAUACAGUACUUGAGUAAGAUCAAGCUCCUGCAGCUGGAGCGGGACCGGGGGGAGUGGGAGGGUCUGGCUCCAGACGCCCGCAGGGAGAAGGAGUCCAGUCUGCAGAUGUUCGGACAGCUGGCUCGCUUCCACAACAUCAUGUCGAAUGAGACCAUUGGCACCUUGGCUUUUCUCACAUCUGAGAUCAGAGGUAUAUUUGUGCACCCUUUCCUUGCUGAGAGGAUCAUCUCCAUGCUCAACUACUUUUUACAACACCUGGUUGGGCCGAAGAUGGGAGCCCUGAAGGUGAAGGACUUCAGUGAGUUUGACUUUAAGCCUCAGCAGUUGGUGUCGGACAUCUGUACCAUUUACCUGAACCUGGGUGACGAGGAGAACUUCUGUGCCACUGUCCCGAAGGAUGGCCGAUCGUAUUCCCCAACACUCUUCUGCCAGACGGUUCGAGUCCUGAAGAAAAUCAACAAGCCUGGAGACAUGAUUGUGGCUUUCAGUCUUCUAGCAGAUAAAAUAAAGUCUCUAGCAGACCGGCACCAGCAGGAAGAAGAGACGUACUCGGACGCUCCUGAUGAGUUCUUGGAUCCCAUCAUGUCGACCCUGAUGCUCGAUCCAGUGCUGCUUCCUUCUUCUAACGUUACAGUCGACCGAUCAACAAUAGCACGACACCUGCUUAGUGAUCAGACAGACCCUUUUAAUCGCAGUCCGCUCACCAUGGACCAGAUCAGACCCAACGAGGAGCUCAAGCAGCAGAUCAUGCAGUGGUUGGCUGAGCAUAAGCAGAGGGCCAUGCAGAUGGGACCCAGCGGCUAAUCCACAUAUAUACUACCACCACCCCCAACCCUCAGGCAUGAUCCAGCAGAACUUUAUAUACUGUCUCCCACGUCUACGCCACCGGAGGAGAGCUCUCCACUCGUAGCAGGAAGACCACAGGUCUACUAAACAUGGUGUAGGAAGGGUUUUUUACUGUUAAUGUUAUAGUUGGGGCAAAUACAGCAAAUGAGCAUGAUUUAUUACUGAAGGCUGAUGCAGAAAAUCAGACAAGACAUCUUUGGUGUCUAAAAUUUGCUUUAAAUUAAGUUCAAAACAGGACAUGCUAGGCUACACUUGCUAACAAACACUGCAGUCAGACUGUUAGCAAACUCAUCUUUGUAAAUACAUGCCCAAAGAUGUAUUUUAAUACAUUAACAAAUAUUCAAAAAAGACUUUGUUUGCUUAAAAAUACGUAAUCUACUCAUAAAUAACUACGAGAACUACUUCCAGCACAAAUAGAAGCAGAAUAGUAGCUCAUUACAAAGUAGGACAUUAUGUAGUAAAUACAGCUCUCGAAAAUAAAAUAAGAGAGCACUUAAAAAUGAUGAGUUUCUUUGAUUUUACCAAAUUAAAAACCUCUGGAAUAUAAUCAAGAGGAAGAUGGAUGAUCACAAACCAUCAAACCACCAAACUGAACUGCUUGAAUUUUUACACCAGGAGUAAAGCAGCAUAAAGUUAUCCAAAAGCAGUGUGUAAGACUGGUGGAGGAGAACAUGAUGCCAAGAUGCAUGUUGAUGAAAACUGUGAUUAAAAACCAACCAGGAUUAUUCCACCAAAUAUUGAUUUCUGAACUCUUAAACGUAGGUUCAUUUACACUUGCAAUUUUAAAUGUGGCUUUGUCUCAAGGUUUAAACAAGGUCUUACAUGUAUAUACAUAGGUCUAUCCAUACUGUUUAAUACUAAACAAAUAAAUGAAUUUUUGAGCAUGUAUUUACAAAGAUGGGGUGACAGUCUAAGUGCAGUGAUUAAAAAGUUAUUGUAACCUAGCCAGUUGUCCAGUUUUUAACUUAAAAAACGUCAGAUAUCAAACAUUCCUUUGCUGAUCGCUCAUUUUAAUGUUUAUCAGUUUAAUUUUUUUGACCGUUUCAGGCUAAAUUUGAACAGAAUAGAAAAUUGGGUAUAAAACUACUUUAUUUUAUUUACUUUGGUGAAGAAGACGAAAUUGGUCUGUUUUUCUGAUCUUUAGUGUCAUUUCUGCCUUUCUCUAACAGUAUUAAAAAAUUGAGAAUUUUUUUUUUUUUUUUUUUUUUUUUUAGAUAAUUAAAAUUUUUGCAUCUUGUAAUAAAAAAAUCUGAUGGUAUAAUGCAACUUAUUUUGGUUACUAGAUGAAAAAAUCUGAAAAUUCAGAUAAGAUUUUUAAUUUUUGUGAAAAUUCUAAUUUUCUGAGGUGCAGAAAUACAGAAAAUAGAAAAAUAAAAAAAUGGGAGGAGUUAAAUAAUAAAGAGGUUUUAACCUUAAUUUUCUAUUUUCAAAUUUAGCCUUAAUCGUUCAGACAAUUGAAUUGAUAAAUGUUAAAUUGAUAAGCGUUAGACUGACCCUGAUCGACUGCAUCUAGACUCAGUGAUCAAACCUGUUCAUUUGUAUUGAUUUUUUUUUUAUGAAAUGCGCCUUUCUGGUAAAGCAGCACACAUCUGUAGCAUUUAAGCUUCUGUUUUCUCUUUAAAGCUCUUCUGAACAUCGACUGCUCUAAAAACCUGGACAUAUAUAAACUCAUCAGAUAUAUAACAGGAUUCCUGGACACCCAGCUUUUAUAUACCGCUACUCUUCUUAUCACUUUUAUUUUGCAAUUUGCCUUGUUACGAAUUUUCAACCCCUGCAGAAAUUUAUGAUAUGAUUUGUGUGUAGAAACAGUAUGCAGAUCUUUGAGAAUAAAUGUGAAAUGUUGUGAAA